GAAAGAGAGAGGAAUUGCCCAGUCGGAUCCCACCGAACCACGCUCUCCCUUUUUGUUUUCCACACUAGUGAUCCUGUUUUCCCAAACACGUUGCCAAGAUGAUGAUCGGAAACAAAUACUGGGCAAAGAGGGGAAUGUCGCUGGACUCAGCCUUAUUGGAAGGCAAUCAGAUAAGUAAAAAAUGUGAAGAGAAGAAAGGUGACAAAGAAAAUGGCAAGAAUGAGACUUCCAGAGCCACACUUACUUUUGCUUUGAAAAACGAAGUUGGUGGACUGGUGAAAGCCCUGCAAAUCUUUCAAGAGAAGCACAUCAGCCUUGUUCACAUUGAGUCCAGAAGGUCAAAGAGGAGAGAUUCUGAAGUUGAGAUAUUUGUCGACUGUAGCAGCACUAAAGAAGAUUUCAAUGAACUGAUUCAGUUACUGAGGGCCCAGGCAAACAUUGUUUCAUUGAAUCUACUGACCAGUAACUGGAUGGAAGAGGAAGAGCUGAGCGGAGUUCUUUGGUUUCCAAAAAAGAUUUCUGAAUUAGACAAGAGUUCCCAGAGAGUCCUGAUGUAUGGCUCUGACCUUGAUGCAGACCACCCAGGCUUUAAAGAUAAUGUCUACAGAAGACGAAGAAAGUAUUUUGUGGAUGUUGCCAUGAACUACAAAAUUGGACAGCCCAUCCCCAGAGUUGAAUACACAGAGGAAGAAAUCAGGACUUGGGGAAUGGUGUUCAGAGAACUCACAAAACUUUACCCCACUCACGCCUGCCGGGAGUACCUCAAGAAUUUUCCUCUCCUCACAAAGCAUUGUGGCUACAGAGCGGAUAAUAUCCCACAGCUGGAAGAUGUGUCUGCAUUUCUGAAAGAGCGAUCAGGCUUUCUGCUGCGGCCGGUGGCGGGAUAUUUGUCACCGAGAGACUUUUUAGCGGGGUUAGCAUUUCGAGUUUUCCACUGCACUCAGUACGUGCGCCAUGGCUCCGAUCCUUUCUACACGCCAGAACCGGAUACCUGUCAUGAGCUGCUGGGACAUGUGCCCCUACUGGCAGAACCAAGUUUUGCAGAGUUUUCACAAGAAUUGGGUCUUGUGUCCCUGACGGCAUCAGAUGAAGAUGUGCAGAAAUUAGCCACGUGCUAUUUCUUCACUGUUGAGUUUGGACUGUGUAAGCAAGAAGGACAGCUGCGUGCUUAUGGUGCUGGGCUUUUGUCAUCUAUCGGGGAACUAAAGCAUGCGUUGUCAGACAAAGCGAUCGUCAAACCAUUUGAUCCAAAGACAACCUGUACCCAGGAGUGUCUCAUUACCACCUUCCAGGAAGCCUAUUUUUUGUCUGAAAGCUUUGAGGAAGCCAAGGAGAAAAUGAGGGAAUUUGCAAAGUCAGUCAAACGGCCAUAUUCUGUCCGCUACGACCCAUAUACCCAGCGCAUUGAGAUGCUGAAAGAUACCAGGAGCAUUGAAAAAGUAGUUCAAGAUAUCCGCAGAGACCUCGCGACUGUGUGUGAUACUCUAUCGAAGAUGAACAAGAACUUUGGAAUUUGAUGGCAUGCACGUCAAUCUCAUAUCCAUUUUGGUGUAAACACUGCUAGCAGAACUGACCCUGAAUACUGUGAUGUAACCUAUUUGCAGACAUAUUCGUGACUUGUUUGGAUGUUUUAGCAAAGUUUCAUCUGCUCUAGGAUGUGUUCCACACCAUCACAGCACAAAACAAUGUGGUGGAAAACCCAUUCAGUUUCUGUUACUUUAACAAAAGGUUAUGAAAGUGUAGACCCACCCCACUGCUCAAAGGUUGACCACAUAAUAUCAGCGUCUUGUGUAGUUUUAUUUGAGAGAGAAUGUACUAAAGUACACUUUGUGGACCUGAUGAAUUUCCCAGUAAAAUCUGGCACAAAUAUCUAUCUGAAGAAUGAGUGUUACAUUAUGGGUGUCAGUAGUGGUAGUCUAAAAAGGGAUAAUAUAAAUAGACAUAUUCACACUUCCAAGAAACAAUAAUUUUGUAAUAUUUUUAUAAUCAAAUAAUGUCCUACUCUAAAAUAGAUUCUAGAAACUAGAAAAAGCUGAAUAUUUUUUGAAAGAUGAACUAAUGAGUAUAGGUCCAUACAGGAACCUAGUUUUGCUGGUUUUAAAAAAAGCAAAUAGUAAACUUGAAGGUGCAGAAAGCAAAUGAAAUACUGUAUUUUAUAGCAAAAUGGUUGGGAGUACAGAAUUCAAGUACUCAAUUCUUGAUUCGAAUGGGUGUCAAGGGUUAUGGGGAGGGCAGGAAAAUGGGAU